AUUCUCUAAUUAACUUCUCUCUCUAGUUCCUAAUUUUCAACAAAAAAAUUUAGAUCUCAUUUGUAGAAAAUUAAUAAUGGAAGUUGAGAAAGUUCUUCACAUGAAUGGAGGGGAAGAUCAAGCUAGCUAUUCCAACAACUCCUUAGUUCAAAAGCUGGUUAUACUCAAGGUGAGAGCCAUUCUUGAAGAUAGCAUAAAAAACAUAGUAUGUUAUAAUUCAGGGUUCCCACAAUGCAUAACACUAGCUGAAUUGGGAUGUUCUUCAGGGCCAAAUGCACUAUUACCAAUAUAUGAAAUGGCAGAAAUUGUGGACAAAUUAAGCCAUGAUAUUGAAUUGAAUAAUAUUCAAAAGCCUAUUAAUGUUCAAGUCUUCCUGAAUGAUCUUGUUGGCAAUGAUUUCAACAAUGUUUUCAAACUUUUGCCUAGUUUUUAUAAGGAAAUUGAGAAAAAGAGGUGUCAAGUAUCAUGUUUUGUUGCAACUAUGCCUGGUUCAUUUUAUGGAAGAAUUUUCCCUCAACAUUGUGUCCAUUUGGUGCAUUCUUCUUAUAGUCUACAUUGGCUAUCUCAGGUACCAAAAGGGUUGGUGAGUGAAUCUGGUAUACCAUUGAAUAAAGGCAACAUUUAUAUAGCAAAAAUAAGUCCUCCAAGUGUUCAUUUAGCUUAUUUGAAUCAAUUUCAAAAGGAUUUUACUAAUUUUCUUAGCAUGAGAUCUGAAGAGAUUGUGGAUUUUGGGAGUUUAGUUCUUACAUUCAUAUGUAAAAAUGAUGAAGAUGAUGGAUGUGAUUUUUGGGAAUUGCUUGGGAUCACCAUGAAUGACAUGGUCAUUGAGGGGUUGAUUGAAGAAGCCAAGUUAGACAUGUUCAACCUUCCAUUAUAUGCACCUUCAAUAAAAGAAAUAAAGCAAAUAAUAGAGAAGGAAGGCUCUUUCAAAAUAUUGCAACUUGAGACAUUUAAACUCAAAUGGGAUUCAAACAUGGCUAAUCAUGGUACUGAGAAGGGAGAAGCAAUAUUAUUUGACGAUAAGAAUAGGGCUGCAUACGUAGCUGGAAAUAUGAGAGCGGUUCAAGAACCCAUAUUAGUUGAUCAUUUUGGAGAAGAAAUCAUGAAUGAUUUGUUUGAACGAUUUGGAAAGAAGGCAAUAGAGUAUAUGGAGAAUUAUGGGAAAGGCAUUAUUAAUAACGUCGUUCUUUCUUUUAGUAAAAUGAACUAAGGCAUGGGAGAAGCUGUCAUUAGAAAGCGUUUUACCUCUUGGAAAAAAAGAGGAAGAUGACUUUAAUCUCUUGUUUCGGAGAAAUAAGUGACUCACGAGGAAUGGUAACUUAUUCAUAGAAUAUAAUAUGAAUGGCUAGCGGAAAGGAAUGAGAGAAAUUUGUUUAAAAUAUUCACUUUUUAUUACUAGUAAACCAAUUAUUUAAAUUGAUGUUUUGUUUAUGUGAGACUACACAAUACACAAUAAAUUUAAAAGAGUUGUGGAAAUUGCAUUUUGGUUUUAAAGAUUCCUCUUUGCCUAAC